AUGCUCGACGAAAACUUGCCGAGUUUCCGCUUCCAACCCUCCUCCGAUUCGCCUCUCAACACAGUCCUUUACUUCUCCCACAAUGGCUCCGAUCCAAGUGCGCAGUAUCUCCUGAUGCGCGCCGACCCGGCAGUCUCCGCAUCCAAGAACAAAUACGCUGUCGCCCUCGCCGACGUGUCCUCUCAGUCCAUCAUCUACGCCGAGGUUCUUGUCGAGCCGUCGUGGUCGCAGCCAACGCUCUCGACGGCCGAGAUCCGCGCUCAAAAUGGCCAGCCGCCCCCGCCGACACCGAUCACCCCAGACACGGUCACGCUGAACCUCUACAACCCGGACUCACAUGUCGUGAUUCGCUCGAAGCCGGGGUCUUGGGGCAAAUCGGACAGCUGGGAGUUUGAGCUUCCUGAGCAGUCGUUCCGCGCGCCCAGUGCCAGCAAGAUCGACCUCGACGCUGGCGAGCCUCCCAUCAGCGACCUUGUGCCCAAGGCCGUCUUUCGUUGGAAGAAAGAGUCGAGGCUCGGCAGGGAGAUGACGUGCUAUCUGGUGGGCAAGAGCGUCGGCGGCAAGAAGAGCAAGGAGCCUGAUAUUACGGUGGCCAUGUUCAAGGAGGGACGAUCAGAAGGGACUCGAAACGUGUUGCUUCUUGGGGCUGAGGUCAUUCGUGAUCUGUAUCUCAACCCAAAGAUGGAUCCCUUCAACGUUUCUAGUGCGCCACCCUUGGCAUCUUGCGGACGGCAAAAGGACUCUCGCGGGGCGUCGGCAUCUCCCGGCACCGCGGCACCAAUGUCUGGGGCCAUUGGUGCCCCUCCGCCGCAGCCCACCUCCUACCAGGCGCAGUCCAAUGUGGUGCCAUCACGCGACGCUCGCCAGCAAGACAUCGACGCUGAGACAAAGCGACUUCAGGCCAUGGUGGCUGAGGAGGAACGACAAGCUCGCGAACGGGAACGCCAGACGCGCGAGCAGGAGCGCCGCGAUGCUGAGGAGGCGCGACGUAUCAAAGACAUGCUCAACAGGGAAGAGGAGGAGCGACGCCGCAAGCAGGCCGAGGUGGACCGCGAAACAGAGCGCCUACGGAAGCAGUACGGCGUCAACGCGCAGGGGUUUGCAGCAGCCAACAGCAGCCUGCCGCCCGAGGCCCACGCACCGCAUCUGCCGCCGCGGCCGGGCCCUGGUGCGACGCACUCUCACGGUGCUGGCAGGGGAGGGGGCAGCCCGGGACUGUCGCCAUACUUUUCGAGCAGCGCACACGGCCACUCGCAGCCCCCGCCGAGACCCUCGAGCGCCGGCCCGCAGACCCCCGCCAUGUCGGGGGGCAGCAGCGGAUGGUGGAAGCCUGGGCCGUCGACGCCCGGGGGAGGCGCUGCGACUACGAGCUCAGGAGGUGCGGGUAGAGGAGGCAAGAAACCGGCCAACCCGCUGCACGGUUUACUCAACGGGCACGGGCCGUACGGGAACGCGGCGGCGAGCGUCAGCAAUUUCUUCCACAGCGCGGCAUCGAAGCAAGAGUGCAAGCUGACGAAGAAGCGCAGCAUGUGA